UCAUUAGGGAGGGUCAGAAGCCAAAAGCUUCUGGAAGCAAAAGGAGAUUUAAAUAAAGCCCGUGAUAAACCCCCUAAUUGGAUCUCUAGAGAAAAUUGGAAUAAGCUAAUUGAUAUUUGGAUCUCCCCAAAAUGGAAGAAGAAAUCAGAAGCCAACAAAAAUAAUAGAAACACCAUGAAGAAUGGUAGCAUAUCUAAACACUGUGGAGGAUCAAUCGCAUUUGUCAAUCAUGACGAACGACUGAAAUUAAAGUUAGGUAGGGAGCCAACAAUAGUUGAAUCUUUUAAUCGGACGCAUAAGACAAAGCAAGGCAUGGGAGGAUAUGUAGAUAAGAGAAGUGAAGCUGUCAUGGCAAAGUAUUCAGCUGAAUACUCCAAAAAAUAUGGUGAUGCCUCCACCUCAGAUGCUCCUCCACGUGAUUAUGACUUGUGGUUUGAGGCAACUGGUGUCCCAACUCAUGGUCAUGUCUAUGGCUUUAGUCCCCUAGAGGAUCUCACUGGAAUUAUUGGGCAAUCAUCAUCCUCUUCCACCUCUACAAGUCAAGCUCCAGAGCUGUACACUCAUGAAGACCUUUUACGUAUUCUUGAGCAGGAAAAGAAAAAAUGGCAAGAGGAGGUUCUUCAAAAGAUGAGAGAAGAGAUUGGCUUUGGACCAAGGCAUGCAGAUCGGGGGAGUAAUGGUGAUUCUGGUUCUACUGAUCAUGCUUCAUUAUGAUUGUUUUUGCCUUAGAUGAUAGGUCUUUGCAUUCCUAGGAGGAAUGAAAUCUCUGUUGAUCUCUAUGACAUAUUUUUAGACUUUGAUUUUGAUGGAUUCAGGACAUGUUUGAUGCCAAUUUUGAAUGACAUUUUAAAUGACUUUUGCGUAAUGUUGAAUGCCUUUUCUAUUAAUGAUAUUAUUAUUAUUAUUAUUAUGAGCUAA